AUGCUACAUGAUCCAACGCAUAGCGAGGUGUGCAAGAUCAGCAUGCGCUCGGCGAAAAAACUCGAAGACCACGUCAACCACUCGCCGCUGCACAAGGCGGCGAUGCAAGAGUCGGAGCUCGCGUUCCAGCUCGAGCUCAACGGCGGGCGGGACGACCGCCCGAGCUCGCCGUGCCGCCAGCGCCUCAUUUAUGACGGCAACAAACUUUUCUGGCGCAUCAACGAGACGCUCGAGUUGCACAUGUACGAAGCCAUCAACGUCCGCACGAUCACCGUCUUGGCGCAGAAGGAUCACUCGCGCGAAAAGAUCAAGCCGCUCGUCCUCGACUUGACGCUCUUACACAAGUGCAUUGCAAGCCCCAGUACGACGGCGGAAAACAAGCAGCAACCCGACGAGGACAUGAGCUCGGCCGCCAAGCGCGAGGCCAUGAUCAAGUACAUUUUGGCGCGGCUUCAAGCCAUCAAGGACAGCGGUGAUGCCAUCACGCUCUACAUUCAAACGCAAAAUGGUGACCUAUGCGACCCGACAACGACCGCAGACGCAGGGCGAACGUACACGAUCGAGCCCGAUUCACUAGUGCCUCGGCGUCGCCACACGUACGACGAAGCCAAAGUUGUUCAGAAAGACCUCGACCACCACACUGCGGCUCUCAAGUCGUCGCGCCGCGCCGCCGAGAAGCAUAGCGACAGUAUUCGCUUGGCGCUCGACGCAUUCAUCGACCUCGGCACGUCCGUCAAGACGCGACCACAUGACAACGGAAUCUCGUGGCUCGGGGCAUACAGCCGCGUGCGCCAGCGCAAUACGGUCGAAGUCUUCAAGGAGCGCAUGAAGCAUGGCCACGACGGCCCGGGAUCGCCGUCGUCCAAGGCCACUGACCACAGCGAGUACAAAUUCUAA